AUAAGUUUGUUGAAAGUAAGAAAUGAGGGUUGGGAGAGGGCCUUAUCCAGAAGCUCAUCUCAUCCGGUACAAGCGCCUUAUCCUCCUCCCAUUCACCUCCAACCCAGGCCGUCCGAUGACCCAAUCCCCACAUCCAAGCCGUCCGACUUCCAAAUCACAAUGACAUACCAACUGCGGGGGCCUCGUCUGUGAAGGCAGAAAUCGGGGGCCAGAGAAAAUUGGCAAGAAGACGACAGAGAGCUUUGAGGAGGGAGAAUGGCAUCUAUGCAGCUGAUGAUGUCACCAUGCCCAGUAAGGGCGGGCAACAUAUACGGGAUAGAGUGGAAGGGCAAGCGCGGGUGCGCAGUGCGGAGAGCUCCCCUGGUGUUAUGCGACCUGCGGGCACUGAGGCAGCGCAUAGACUCCAUUAAGAACACGAAGAAGAUUACGGAUGCAAUGAAGCUGGUGGCGGCGGCAAAAGUGCGGCGGGCGCAGGAGGCGGUGGUGAACGGGCGGCCCUUCUCAGAGACCCUGGUGCAGGUGCUCUACAACCUGAACGAACAGUUGCAGACAGAGGAUGUGGAUAUCCCAUUGACCCAGGUGAGGCCCGUGAAGAAGGUGGCUUUAGUGGUGGUGACCGGCGACAGGGGGCUCUGCGGUGGGUUCAACAAUUUUGUGCUGAAGCGGGCGGAGCGGCGCAUGAGAGAGCUGAGGGAGGUGGGCGUAGCCUAUACUAUUGUGAGUGUGGGGAAGAAGGGGUCGACCUAUUUCCGGCGGAGACCGGAGAUUCCGGUCGACAAGUACCUGGAAGUGGGUCCCCAGCCGACCACCAAGGAGGCUCAGGCCAUCUCUGAUGAUGUCUUCUCGCUCUUUAUCAGUGAGGAGGUCGACAAGGUGGAGCUUCUGUACACUAAGUUUGUUUCGCUUAUAAAGUCGGACCCUGUCAUCCACACGCUCUUGCCCCUUUCUCCCAAGGGCGAGGUCUGUGACAUUAAUGGCGUUUGCGUUGAUGCGGCGGAGGAUGAGAUGUUCAGGCUAACCACCAAAGGGGGCAAAUUGACGGUGGAGAGAGAAGUCGUGAGGACUCCUACCACUGAGCUUUCGUCUGUGGUGCAGUUUGAACAAGACCCUGUUCAGAUCUUGGACGCUCUGCUGCCCCUUUAUCUUAACAGCCAGGUCCUCCGUGCCCUUCAGGAGUCUCUCGCUAGUGAGCUCGCUGCUCGUAUGAACGCCAUGACCAGUGCCAGUGACAAUGCUGAAGAUCUCACCAAGUCGCUUUCCAUUACCUACAAUAGGGCCCGGCAGGCCAAGAUUACCGGCGAGAUCUUGGAAAUCGUUGCCGGCGCCAACGCGCUCACUUAAUUUUAGGCUUUCUUUUCUUCUUCUGGAUCAGGGACUCAAUUCCCUGUUUUUGAGCUUUAAUAUAAUCGGAGAAUUCAAAGCUCUUGUUAAUUCUUUUGCGCGUUGAUUCAAUCUCCAAGAGGGGGGGCUUAAUGCCGUUCUGUAUUCUAGCCUGAUGUAAAUUACUGAGGUACUGUAUACGUACUUGACGCUAAAAGUCUUGGCUUCAUAAGGUAAGGAAGAUAAUUUACCAAAUUGAACUCUUUCUACCUCAAUCAAUCAUUCUAUAAAUUAAAGUUUUUCAUAAUUUACCAAGUUGAACUGUCUGUGUCAGUCAUUCUAUAAAUUAAAGCUUUUCAAAAUUACUUCA